AUGCCACAGAGACCUACACGUACUAGGCGCCCUCCAGCGAGAUAUCGCGAUGAUUCCGACCAAGCCGCUUCAUCUUCUUCAAAGCCUCCCGCAUCAGUCGCACCUCCUAUCAUGGUUUCAUCGCCCACUCCUCCACCUCCCACCCCCUCAUAUUCUACCUCUUCUUCACCCAGUAUUACCCCAUCGACUCCUACUCCAUCAACCAGAAGAGGAGGCACAAUUUGGAGGGACGAAGUAAGACGUACGUUGCUGCAAGUAGACGAGGAAGGUACAUCCCCUGUGCAACCAGUCAGCCCUCCAUCUCAACCAGGUCCAAAUGCACUACCAGUCUACACCAGUGAUGAUGAGUACGAUAUUACAUCAUCCGGUUUCGGUCUGAAACACACCCCAGAGUGGGAUGGCGCAGGCAUCGACAUGAAUGAUUAUAAGCCAAGAUGGUUCCCUUCUGCUCUUGUAGGCUCACCAAGCUACGAGAACCUCACCGAUGCCUGCAAGUUGAUGAUGGUCCAUGAACUCACCAAGCGUAUGACUUUCAAGACGAUGGUCUCUUGGAUGCAACUCACCGAUACUCAGCUCAUUGACUUUGUUCGCAUCUAUGAGUUCCAAAGCCAGCGCAAUGUGGAGGAAGAACGCCUUACAAAUAUCGCGAUGGAGCGCUUGGAUAAGAUCAGAAAAAUGCGAGACGUGACCACCAAGGACUGGGAUAUCGCCUUGGAGGAGGAAGUCGACUCAAAACUUAGCCCGUCGUUGAUCGAUAGCCCGAUUCCAUUGGUGGAGAUUGGACGUACGAUCAGAUAUCUUCAAUCUUUCCACAUCCAGGAGGAACUGGAAGGUCUCCGAGUCGACACACCUGAGGGCCCGCAAGUCUUCGCUACAGAUGAUAUCCCUCCCUUCCUUGUCAUUGAAGAAGUCAAUGAAGCGAUGAAACGCUACGCCAAGCUUAGUGUUGAACUCGAGUGGGAGCUAGACCAUGAUAUUGGUCUUAGAGACUACAUCGAGCAUGAGACCGAUCUUGCAGGAGGAGUCGAGGGAAUUGUCCUUUCUGACGACGAGGCCGAGAAGCCAGCUCAGCGUCCAAUUGGACGUCCAAAGAAAACAAAUAGGAGAUUCGCCAAUAAGCCACUCAAAAUCAAAUCCGAUCUUAUCAAGCUUAGAUUGCCAUCGAAGCUUCAGCAAAUGGAGAGUGUGGAGGACAAUAACGAGGCAGAGGGCGAUGAUGUGAGUAAAGGAAAGGGGAAGGGAAAGGGCCGGAGAGUUUAA